AUGGAAUUUGAGGAGUCAGGCAUCGGAGAAGAAUGCGGGGUGUUUGGAUGUGUGGCAGCCGGAGAGUGGCCCACACAACUUGAUGUUGCCCAGGUCUUAACACUAGGACUUGUUGCAUUACAACACAGGGGACAAGAAUGUGCUGGGAUUGUCACAAGCAAUGGAGGCUGUCCCCCCAUAUACACAUCCUUGAAGGGCAUGGGAUUAGUAAGCGCGGCCUUCAAAGCUGAGGAUCUCCUGAAGCACCGCAAUGCGAACCUGGGCAUCGGACACACACGCUACUCCACCACGGGCGACUCCGAACUGCAGAACUGCCAGCCCUUCGUGGUCGACACCCUGCAUGGCAAGAUUGGUGUGGCACACAACGGAGAGCUGGUCAACGCUGCUGCCCUGCGCAAAAAGGUAAUGCGCCACGGUGUUGGUCUAUCCACCAGUUCAGAUAGUGAGCUCAUCACUCAGCUACUAGCGCUGACUCCACCCAUGGAAGAGCUCGACGUCCCUGAUUGGGUGGCUCGUAUAAAGAACCUGAUGAGUGAGACACCCACGUCCUAUUCACUCCUGGUGAUGCACAAAGAUGUCGUGUACGCCAUUAGGGACCCUUACGGAAACAGACCCCUCAGUCUGGGGCGCCUCGUCCCAGUCUCUAAACUGCACAGCUCAGGUGGAGGAGAAGGAGACACUGAGGGAUGGGUGGUUUCCUCGGAGUCCUGCAGCUUCCAGUCUAUCGGUGCCAAGUAUUACCGUGAGGUCCAGCCGGGGGAGAUUGUGCAGAUCAGCAAACAGGGCAUCAAAACCCUGAGUGUGGUCCCGCGGCCUGAGGGAGACCCGCCGGCCUUCUGCAUUUUUGAGUAUGUGUACUUCGCCAGGCCAGACUCCAUAUUCGAAGGUCAGAUGGUGUACACAGUCAGACAGCGCUGUGGAAGGCAGCUUGCCAUUGAGGCUCCCACUGACUGUGAUGUGGUCAGCACAGUACCCGAGUCUGCUACACCUGCUGCGCUAGGCUACGCCCAACAGGCUGGCCUGCCGUACGUGGAGGUCCUGUGCAAGAACCGCUACGUGGGGCGGACAUUCAUCCAGCCAAACACACGUCUGCGUCAGCUGGGUGUGGCCAAGAAGUUCGGGGUGCUGAGUGACAACUUUGCUGGCAAGCGGGUGGUGCUUAUUGAUGACUCCAUCGUCAGAGGCAACACCAUCUCCCCAAUCAUUAAACUGUUGAAAGAAGCAGGGGCGAACGAGGUCCACAUUCGUGUAGCAUCCCCGCCUAUCAGAUUCCCCUGCUACAUGGGCAUCAAUAUUCCUACCAAAGAAGAGCUCAUCGCUAACAGGCCAGAGUUUGAGGACAUUGCAGGAUACAUUGGUGCCACCAGCGUACAGUACCUGUCUGUGGAGGGCCUGGUGUCAGCGGUGCAGUCCGGCAUCUCCUUCCACCAGGACAAGGACGAGAGAAUCACCAACUCCAACACUAAGUCCGGACGGAGGAUGGGUCACUGCACCGCAUGCCUGACCGGGAAAUACCCAGUGGAGCUGGAAUGGUGAUCCGAGAUCCACUGUAAAAUGUAGUCGCUACCACCAACCUGACGGACAGUUUCCGGUACAUGGAUUCAGCUUUGUCACAUGUACAGGAAACCCAUCCUGAGGGUCAAAGAACAGCUGGAAAAUACUUAUUGACCUCCAAUUCAUGCCACUGAAGAGUCAUAAUGUGAAUUAUUUUCAACAGGGUAGUAGAAACGUGGCUAGCCUCAACCUUGGUCACGAUAAUUCUCCAAAUAAAAUCUUGCCAUAGGUCCAUUUCUAGAUUUAAUGCUAAUUGUGGACUGCCAAUUAACAUUCAUUUUCAAGGUCAAAAGUUCAGUUAGGUCUUUAUACACCAAUAAUAUUUCAGCAAUGGCUUUGGUAAUGUUGCUAAUACAUGUUGUCUAGCAACAGGGGCAAGCCGUUUCUUUCAACGCACACUAAAAUCCCAAGCUGUCAAAUAGGGAUUCACUGGAUUUUGUACUAUGCUUUUUGUAUGUUUAUUUUUCUUGUGUAUAUCCUCCCCCCCGAUCACAAACAUUCCCUGUUAAGUCAACAUUCAGCAAGUGAUUUACAAUGUUAAAUUCAACACUUAUGUCACAUGUUUUCAGAAGAAAAAAAAUAAAGUCCAUUUUCCACAUGAAA